AUGCCGGAGACAGAAAACCUAAAAAAAGGGUUUAGUAUAAAGCAGCAGCAACAAAGAACAAAGAGGAGCAACUGCAGCGGCACCAGCAGCAGCAACAGCAGACGCAGCAUUCCACAACCAGCAGCAGCAACAGCAGCAGCAGCAGCAGCAGCAGCAGCAGCAGCAACAGCACCACCACUAGCGUCAUUCAUCAUAAUCAUAAUCACAAUCAUCGUCCACAUCAUCAUCAGCAGCAGCAGCAGCAGCAACAGCAGCAGCAGCACCACCGCUAGCAUCGUCCUUAUCAUCAUCAGCAGCAAGAGAAACAACUGCAGCAGCACCAGCAGCAGCAACAGCAAACGCAGCACUCCAAAACUAGCAGCAGCAACAGCAGCAGCAGCAGCAGCAGCAGCAGCAGCAGCUGCUGCUGCUGCUGCUGCUACUUCUGCUGCUGCAACGUCUGCUGCUGCUGCUGCUGCUGCUGCUGCUGCUGCUGCUGCUGCUGCUGCUGCUGGGUCCCUCACCGGUGGUGCGGCGGAGCUACAUGAGAGAGGUACCGCUCCACGAGGGGCUCCAGCUCUUCGCCUCCGCGCGUCAGCAAAGCCACUGCAGCAGCAGCAGCAGCAGCAACAGCAGCAGCAGCAACAGCAGGAGAAACAACUGCAGCAGCACCAGCAGCAGCAACAGCAAACGCAGCACUCCAAAACUGGCAGCAGCAGCAGCAGCAAGAGAGAGGCGCUGCAGCAGCGGGAGAAGAGAAUUGAAGUCUAUGCUGGGGUGUAUAGACAGCUCCAGCAGCAACGGAGAGAAACAUAUUAUAUCUUCUAG